AUAGAGAGUCUGAUUCUAUUCUUGGCUUAUGCAGUGGUGAUAUCACCACCAAUGCUUUCCAUUCAGCUGUGCAACUGGCAUAUUUAUCACACUGACCUCUCUAAACACUCUGUUUAGAGAGGCUAAGCCUCUGUGUUGUUGAUGAAAACAAUGAUCUAGGCCCCCUUGUCAUGCAAUUGCCCUGCACUGAUCACAUGUCAUUCGUACUAAAAAUACAAGAUAUAGAGCAACAGUGAUAAUAUAAAUAGCCAUACAAACAGACAGGUAAGAAGUGGAAAGCAUUGUCAAUAUUAGCCAUGCUCUCUCAAGGCAGUGGGGCGUGUGUUGUGAGUCGAAAGGCCACGUUCUUGACCGAGAGAAGGCGGUCGUCUUUAGAAAAGAGCAAGGGUUAUAAACAACCAGGGAUGGACUUCCUUUGUCCUCCUGUCCUCAAUGACCUGCUAAGCCACCACUGGAAAGACAUGCAGGAUGGAUUCUCUGAUCCAGACCAAUUGAACAAAGUGCUUGAAUUUCAGAGUGAUGAACUGCUAUGGACGGCUCAAAAACAGGGUCUUUGGUCUUUGGAGUAUAAAAGAGAACUGACAAGCCCACUGUGUAUUGCUGCCGCGCAAGGUUUCACUGAAUGUCUGCAAUAUUUACUGGAGCACGGCGCACACCCCAACCUUAUUGCGGGAGGAAAAGCAGCGCUUCAUGAGGCCUGUGUGAAUGCCAAUACUGAAUGUGUAGAGUUGCUGCUGGAACAUGGAGCUAAUCCUAACCAGAUGACAGAAGAGGGACUGACUGCCUUACAUCUCUGCAGAACACCACAAUCACUACGUUGUGCCAAAACCUUGGUGAGAUAUGGUGCCAAAGUGAACAUACCCAGUGAAGAAGAGGAUGAAACACCACUGCAUGUUGCAGCUAGACAUGUUCUGCCCCACCAUGCACAGCUGUACCUAAGAUUCGGAGCCUGUGUGAACCAUAGCAGCUAUUCGGGAGAGACGCCACUGGGGGUGGUUUGUGGAGUCGCCCCAGAAAAGACAGCUGACUGUGAAGACGAACGAUACCUUGAGAUCUGUCGUCUCUUCCUGGCCUAUGGAGCUAACAUUAAUUCGGCUGAUAAAGAACGCCGCAGUCCUCUACACAAGGCAGCCCGCAGUGUUCAGCUUAAGCUGGUGGAGCUUCUCUUGGACAAUGGGGCUGAUAUCAACGCCAUUGACUAUAACGGGUGUUCGCCGUUGUCUAGUGUUCUACAAAGCUCUGUGGUUCGGCAUGAGUGGGAACCUCACAGGGUUGUUCAGACUUUGUUAAAUCGUGGCUCUAUUAAAGUCUGGCCACAAGCACUGCUGAAGGUAUUAACAGCCUGUGCAGGGGCACCUAAAACUGUGGAAAUCUUGUUUAACUCAUACACACUUGUUCCUGUGACAUCCAAAUGGGUUGAGGCUAUACCUGAGGAAAUUUUUCAUCUUCACAGAACCUUUUAUGAAUCCCUUUUUGCACUUGAGUAUAAACCACGUAGUUUACAGCAUCUUUGUCGGUCUGCACUGAGGAAAGAGUUUGGGAAAAACUGCUGCUUAUUCAUUUCCAGGCUCCCAGUACCAAAGCCACUUCAACGGUAUCUUCUUUUGGAACCGGAGGGGUACAUUGACUAGAAAAAGACCUUUUGGCAGAAACCUUUAGAGAACUUUAGAACGAGUUUUAAUGCUAGAAAUCUAACACACUGACAAAGCUGACAAAGUUUCGCUUGCAAAUUUCCCCACAGUGACAAUUUAGAGAUUUUUCACCUGUUUUCAUAAAAAUAGCCUAACUUUUAUAUUAGUGUAAAUAGCUUUACAAUAUAUUUUAUUGUUUCAGUGACAGUGUGUUAUGUGUAUCCUUCAUUAAUUUCUAUAAAUUGCAGCUAAACCAAUGUUUAUUGCAUAAUUGAAGAGUUUAGAUGCAAAACCAGCUAACAGCCAUCUCGGUCAAAAAUUCGAUAAUGAUACUGAGCGAAUGCUCCUGACACACAGUAUACAUCCAUCAAAUACUUUUACUUCAAACUCGCUAAAUUCCAGCCUCAGCCCAAUCAGACCAGUACUUACAUAGAAACCAAUACAAAGUAGCCAGAAAGAAAUGCUAAUUUUAAAGAAAAACUUCAGAUGGAUUUAGAGGCUUUUGCAUCUGAACUCUUCAAUUAUUUAAUCGAGAAAUAUUUUCUUGUUUGUCAAUAAAAUAAUAUCUUUUAUUUUCAAGUCUGACCUGACUUUCCUUUUCUCCAGUGCUCCAUGUGUUGGUACUCACAACACAACUAUUGCAAAUGAUUGGCAGAAAUAAGUAAUCUGGUAAAGGCAGAGAUGUUGUUCUGACAUUUAUCAACCUCAGUGCAUGAAAUUUGCUUAUUAACUGCUGUCAACACUUGUCGACCUAUGAUUGGGCUUUUUUGGUUGUCUUGUUUUGAUGUACUUUUAUGCUUUUGAAUUUGCCUCGAGCACUAAAUAAACGUUUUUAUUAUUA